UCCCUGUUUGUUACGCAGAGGGCAUCCGAGUUGGCAAACAGCGGUCGAAGCGCAGCUUUUCUCAUCGCCUGCUUUGGUUUCUCUCGUGGUGUUGUCACCGCGGAUUCACCAGCAGCCCAUUUACACACGCGAUUCCAAAUCCAAUUCGUAUUUGAGUGAUUGUUACAGUUCACGCUCAACCCCGGAGAGAUAUUGGGUUCGUUUGCCCGCUGGACGUGACGGACGACAGCUGCAAGUCUCCAACAACUGCAGCAGUAAACUUGUCCAAAGCCGAUGACCCCCGUAGAUGAACAUGGAUGUGGAUCUCGAUGGAUUAUUUAGCCAUAAUGGCACCUAUAACUACGAGGACGACUAUGAGUAUAACGAGGACAUCGCCCCAGGAGCCGGUAAAGCAGUGUGGGCCCCGGUUCUGUACUCGAUGGUGCUGGUUGUAGGACUGCUUGGAAACGGACUACUCCUGGCCAUUCUGGCUCAGAAGAGGCGAUCCUGGAGCAUAGCGGACACCUUCAUCCUCCACCUGAGCGUCGCGGACAUCCUGCUGCUGGUGACGCUGCCCUUCUGGGCCGCACAGGCGGCUCGACCGAGUGGAUGGUGCUUCGGGGAUUUUCUAUGCAAGAUCAGCGGAGCUGUAUUUAAUAUCAACUUCUACUGUGGCAUCUUUCUGCUGGUUGUGAUCAGUCUGGAUCGCUACCUGUCCAUCGUGCACGCCACCCAGCGGUUCUCCCUGAAAAAGCCCAGGUUAGCUCAUAUCAGCUUCCUGUCGGUCUGGAUCUUCUCCCUGCUUCUCAGCAUCCCUGACUGUGCUUUCCUGGUGGCGAGGAGAGAUCCGGCCCAAGCCAAAACCCUGUGCGAUCACAGCUUCUCCCAGGCAGUAAUCGGUUGGAGGCUGGUGUCACGCGUUCUCCACCUCACGCUGGGCUUCCUGCUGCCUGCAGCCGCCCUGGUCGUCUGCUGCUCCUGUGUCCUCCAGAAGCAGAGGACAGUCACCCUCAUCAUGCCCCUGGUUGGGCUCUUCUUACUCUGCUGGGUGCCAUACAACAUUACACUCAUUGUGGACACCUUCAGAAGCUGCUCGAAGGAGCCUGAUGAGACAGAAAGUUGCCUAAAAGCAGCUCUGACGUUCACAUGGGCUUUGGGCUGCAUGCACGCCUGCCUCAGGCCUCUGCUCUAUUUCGGCCGAUGUAAAAACUUUAGGAAACAGACACUGGCCAUGUUUAGGUGUGCUAAAGUUGAAUCUCAGAGUUCGCUGUGGGGCUUGGGUGUUGGCGAGGAGGCCCUGCCUGACCAGAAUGCCGAAGGGGAAGCUUUGAAACAGAUGGAAAGUGAAGGUCACCAGGUGCAGUCAACUCAGUGUUGAAUAAUGGACACAAAUUCCCUGUUGUGACUCAGAAGUGAUCAUGAUGAUGCUCCGCCCCUGAGGGGAAUUUAGUGUGAAAUUGUGUCAUGGGUGUAAGGGAUGGAUGACCUUAUGAUGAGAUAAGGAUGAGAAAGAGAUAUUUCAAAAAUAUGACUCUUAGAAUGUGCACGUCAAUGCAAAGGUCACCCUACCACGCUAUGGCGACAUGCAUUUUUAUUUUGAAAUCACUGUUGCACAAUUUUAGCUUGUUACCUUCAAUCAUGAUUUUUUUUCUUGAAUUGUUAAUAUCUUUUUUUACAGGGUAUUAUUAUUGUUAUUAUUAUUUGAUAUAGGAAAAAAUGUAUCAGUGAACAGUUUUUAAGCUGUUAAACAUUCAUCAUAAUGCUACGGUGUCAUAUAUAUAUAUAUAUAUAUAUAUAUAUAUAUAUAUGCCAUAACGGUUUAAAUUCUUGGAAAGGAAUAUGGUAAUUAAACAUUUUUAAAGGAUGAUUAUUAAGUCAGUGUUAUUUUUGAUCCUUCAUUAAGCGGAGCGAAAGAGUUUAUUACAUUUAAUCUGAUGACAAAUGAUUCACUUCUGAUGUCAUGAUGUUAUUUCCAGGAAGUAACGACUGUGGAUUUCACGAUUGUGUCUGACCAGUGAGGGAAUUUCCCAGCGGCGAAUCCCACAGAUCCACACAUUAUUUGCUUUUGACUUCUUUGUUGCAACAUGGGUGAGUGUGCUGUAGGACAGCCGAUGACACAAACAGGUGGUGAUGUCAUCAGUCAGGUGAUAGAAGAGGAGCUGGAGGAGGGGAAGAAAGAUCUUAAUACCACAGCCUUUUCAUAGCUCUCGGUUUCCUCUCAUCUAAAGUCUUGAGAACAGUGGCGUGCUUUAUGCGUAAGUGCGGUUGACUGGAAACCAGCUGUAGGUGGUAAAUGGAGAGAAGAAGAGGAGUUGGAGAAGAAAAGAUCUUAUUUUAGAGCUCAUGGUGCACGUUGUGUUGAGCACUACAUUUGUGGUUUCACCUUGUUGUUGGUCAGGUUGUUGUCUACUGGGCAAGUUAAUAUUAACAUAUGUGACCUUAAAUAAAGUGGUGUGCUUUUAGAAACUGUAAAAUAAGUUCACACAAGACAAGAAACACCUUCCCUCCUCUCAGGAAACAUAUUCUUCCCACUUCCUCUUCCUAAUGGUAUUUCAGUUUGUCAAGAGCCAAAGCCUGAAAAAUAUGGUUCAAUGUGAGACAUGUCAAUUUCAUAAUAUGACAGCAGCGGCACGUCAAGUGUAUAGCAUUGCUGCUUAUAAUUGGUUCUGAGUAUUGCCUCAGAUUGAAGUGUUAUUUCCUGUGUCAGCCCGAGCUUCUCACCGAACUGAGAGACACACAGCUUAUCGGGGCUUUUCUUAAAUGAGAAACAAACCUGUUAGAAUUACAAACACAAACUGUGUUGCACCGUCCACAGGAAAGGGAGUUGAGUCCACCUAAAAUGCAAGACUUUUAUUCAUUUCAGUUUACAAGUUAAAAAGGCAUUGAGCAUCGUAGCUCGAUGACUGAAAGCAAGACCAAUGUGUGUGUUGACCACACACCAUAUCGGAUGUGUUUGAAUGAAGCUGUUCUCUCUUAAAGACUGUAGAAGAGUUCAUGACCCCUUCUCUGUAUUAUACCACAGAUACUGUCGUGGCCAUUUGUCCAAUGAAUCAAAAACAAACAUAAAUCCUAUUGCCACUGACACACCAUGGGUUUGUGGUUUACGCAGCCAUAAGAAAGCAUUGUCCAUUCAGGAAUACGUUUUCUGAUUAUUUGUUCAACUAAACAAAACAAGCAAAAAAACAAAAGAACCGGUGCAUGCUGGUCCUUUACCUGCCUACUCCUACAUAUAACCACAGGUGCCCACAGUGUUACCCAAUUAACGAACAAAUGAACAACCAAAAGACUAAAUAUAUCUAGACAACAACAACAACAAAGAAUUAAACUAAACUAUAAACUAUCACAAGAAAAAGCUAUUCUGAUAUAUCAAAACAUCUAACCUAAAUAAGCAAACAACCUGAAUGAUUCAACAAUACUACUUGUCAAUAAAAUAACGAAAUACUAAUAUCAAAUAAUUAGUUCCAACAGACACAUUGGUGUUGCUUAAAUCAAACUUCUGCAAGUUUAAGGGCUGAUCUAUUUUUAACCCCCGUGCCACCAACCUGCUGUUGGGAAAUGUUUGUAAAUUGUGAAUAAGCCGUUCUGCGAUGCCGUCGUCUGGCACAAGUGACAGCAUUACUCUGUGCUCUCUGCUCAUCCACUACCUGUUUUCUUUUGAGGAUGUGCGGUGGCUUUAAUUUCCUGUCAAAAAGAUGUACAAGAUUUCCACUGAAAUCCCGACGUGGUGUUUUGCAGUAAACUUGUUCUUCAUGCAUGUAUUCUCUGUAGCCACCUGAUGCUAACUAUAAGCAUAGAGAACAUGAUGAGAGAAGUUGAAGAAUACAUUAGAAUAUCUUGAAUGCUCAACACACACAGAAUGAACAGAGUAUAUAAAGGGCCGUUGCACAAUCUAACUUCUCCUAAAGUUUAAAUUAUAUUCACAUCAUUUAUUACACAGUAUGCCGUAUUUACUUGACUGAUUUUUAUAAUUUCUUUACCAGCUGUAAUGGAAAAAUGUCAAAACAUCUGUGUCUGUUAAUGACCUCUCAAGAUUACAAUUUAGGAAACUGACAAGAGUUUUAAGGGAAUAAGCGCAUGUGUGUUUGUAUUGUAUUUUUGACGAGACACCAACCAAACGUAUACAUGUUCUAGGUAUUAAAAAAUAUAUAUUAUUCAUUCAUGUGUGUCUGUUUAAUUUAAUUUCUGUAAAUCUUGUGAGAUUUAGUCAUGAGAAAUCUCAUAAUUGACCUGAAAUGUGUAUUGUGGGGCUUGUUGCUGUAAUGUAAUGUUGAAAACAAACUGGUUUAUAAUUCAAACAAUAUCAUUUUAUUCUGUAUUUGAACAAUCAAUGUACAAAAUUAAAAUACAACAUGCAGUAACCUAUAA